AUGGAGGGAGGUGCCAAUCAUUACAGUAGUACCUUCCAAUGGAAAGACCUAUUUAGCGUGAAACAUGAACGGGUAAGAAUAAGCAUUAUUUCAAGAGAGACAAUACAAUCAUCCAGCAGUAGUCUCAUAUGCAACUAUAAGAGACAAAACUGCUAUAUGGACAUACGGAACGAAUCACAAGAUUUGCAAAGAGGGGUAAACGAAAUAGCAUUACUAAUUAAUGAUGCAACUGAGAAAAUGGAAAUAUCUUUUAUUUUGUUUGACAAGAAUGACUACCAUAACGUUUUGGUGAAUUUACUUUUUGUUUUCAAUCCUAGUGGGUAUAUAUCCAAAAAAAUAUAUUUUGAUCACUUAUUUUUUAAUUCCUUCAACAUUUUUCAUUUCAGAGGGGUAAUAAUUAAUAUCCUCUUCCUGACCAUUCUGAUUUGCUCCUUUAUAAGCAUGUACUUGUAUCUGUUCACGAAUUUUUCCUACUUUUACAACGCAUGUGCUGCGGUCGUUGUGCGGCAUGACAGGGCUGAUGCGCAGGGGGGGGAAUGUCAGGGGGGCCAGUUUAAUGCUCAUCCAAGUGAACAUUUAGGGACUGCUGAUAAUGCAAAUGAUUACACCUAUGGGAGUUACUCGCCUUGGGGAUACAACGUCGGCGGUUAUGCGGGGGCGCACAACUGGAACGCAUAUGCGAAUUACCCUGCUGUGGGGGAAGCGAAUUGGGGGGCAUACGGAAAUAACCCUGCUGUGGGGGAAGCGAAUUGGGGGGCAUACGGGAAUAACCCUGCUGUGGGGGAAGCGAAUUGGGGGGCAUACGGGAAUAACCCAGCUGUGGGGGAAGCGAAUUACGGAUACUACGAUACGGUUAACAUGCCGGAGGGCGCGCAUAACUACGGUUUGGGCCAAGGCAACGUGAACACCCCCUCGAAUGGGAAGACCAGAAAGACACAUAAAAUCGGCGCAUUUCUCAAAUUCAAAGUUUAUCUGACAUACCUCUUCGAAUCGGAUGUUUUAAAUUUACUAAUUCUGCUAUCAUCCUUUUCCAUAGUCGCGCUGUGGCUUACUGUGUGUAUAUACAUAAACAAGAUAGAAUAUAAUGCAAAAAACUCGGGGAACUAUUUUAGUGUAUACAUAAAAUUGUUUUCCUUUUUCUCCAAAUUUGUGAAUAUCUUUUACUUGUUCCUUUUUUUAGUCAUAAUAAAUAUGUUCAUUUUUUCGUCAAAUUAUGUCAAGCGUGAGAAGUUGUACGAAGCCUUAUAUAUUAACAGAAGGCAGAUUUUGAAGUGCGGUUUUAUGCUGCUACUUGUGUACCUGAAUUUUUUUCUUUUUCACUAUUUUUUUUAUGGGAUAGACGGUUUCAACGACUUGUCAACGAGUCAGCAGCCCAUAUACUCCAUUUUAAUUCUGUUGGGUCUCGUUAACAUUGAUGUUUAUCUGAAAUGCAAAGUUUUCUAUUUUUUAUUUUUCGUGUUGCCUCAUUUGGUGUUUAUACGCUUUCUUUUAAUCAACGAGCAGUGGAAGUACUUAAAUGAAGACAUAAAAGAAUUUGCGGAAAACGAAACUAAUAGCAUACUGCAUUAUUUUGAAAAUGUUAUAGACCAGAUAAGGAGUAAGGAAGACAUAUCCAAAACGCUGCAAAACGAGUGUAAUGGUUUAAAGGAACGGGUGCACGAGCUGCAGCUGGAUUUGCGCAAAAUAGAGUUGCAGUGGAAGUUCCGCAGUAAGCUUUUGAGUUCAUCAAAGACCUACCUGGACAAAAUAAACAACCAAAUAAGUAUGUGCGAAGAAAUGAUUGUGGAGGAUAAGAACAGGCUGUCUUCGCUCAAGCAGUACGCGCAGCAGGUGAAGUUGGACGAAUAG